CAUCCCUUCUCCUCCCUUUCUGUCCUACACCUCCAAUCCAAACAGUAUGUAAGAAAAUCGAUUGGAAUCUCAUGGAGAACAAGAACAGCACCAGCACUAGCAAUGGGAAAUCAGGGUUUGGAGAUUGGGCCUGCUUGAUUCUCUCUUUCUCUCUCUCUCGCCUUUUUUUUUCUUUUGUUGGUUUGAUUCACUCAAAUCUAUAUAUUUUUUUUCCUUUGUGCCAGGGUUUUGAUUUCCAAAUUAUAGUGGCAACCGUCGAUGAGAUGUGAAGGGAUCGGAAUUUGGUGAGUAUUCCAUCUUCUAAGCGGUAGCUUGAUGCUAGUUUCCUCAGAAUUCUAUACAAGACAGUUAUAAAUUUCGAUUUAUACACAAGAGCUGGCAUGAAUUUUUAUUUUAUGGAUUUUUAUUGAUACUAGUUUCCUCUUUGUCUGACGUAUUUCUGGGGGAGGUUGGUUGCAAGAAUUUGAGUUCAGGACUUGUGAUUGUUGAUUGGUUUCAAUUUCAUUGGAUGGUUUGUUAGCCAUUCAUUCAUGUCCUGACAAUCUAGAGCUUGACUUGUGAUUUUUAUUUUGCAAAUGUGCAACAGUUAUGCUUCAAUAUAUGGAUAUACUUAUCUUGGAACCCACAAGCAGCAAUCCCUUAUGAAGGUGGAUGUGGAGCCAAAUCUGCCUAUAGUGCGGUGGCUGCUUUCAAUAAUAUCUACCAAGCAAUGGAUUCUUAUGAAGAUGAGCAGAAUUGAUGCCAUGAAAAGGGAAAUGGAGGGCAAGGCAGCAUGGGGGCAUAGAAGGCUCUAGUAGAAUUGAAGCAUCAGACAAUGCUUUAGUUUAGCAAUUUAAUUUUCUCACUUAGAAAAUGAUAUUUUCUGUUUGAGCUCACUGAUUGAUUUUACUGUUUUUGUUUUGUGGUGUUGUUUUUCCAAAAAUCCUCUAGUGACCUCGCACGUCUGAAAUCUGGAUGUGGGUGUGCCACUUACUUUGCUGAAAGUAAGAAAGGAAGACUUUCCCA